ACAACCUUCCUUCUCUCCUUGUAAAACUUACCUUUCCGUUCUUUAUGCAUCGGAUUCCAUUUGUGUUUCGCCACGUGGUGGUUUGCUGCCUACAAUCUGCAAGCUACUUCAUAGUUGCUUUCUCCGUCAACGUGCCGAUGUCGCUUUCAGGAGUUUGUUUCGCAGCCUUCGGAUCUGGAAUAGGAGAGAUCAGCUAUCUUGCCUUGGCUUCUCAUUAUUCAACGUAUGAAUUGUGCAAUUUCGAGUAGGA